AUGCAAAAGACAAGAAUGGAAAACGACGUCGCUCCUGGAAGACGGUUCUUUAAGUUCGGUGCGCAUGGGCAGCGUCGAGCCGUGAAGCACAGCAAUUGGCGCACCGACGUGGUUAAACCGUAUUAUGAUCGUGAGACUCCGUCCGGUCGAUAUGGUGUACGUAAUGUUAUUGAUUCAGUUUAUCAUAAAUCCGGUGAUGGUCUACGCGAUUUUUAUAAAGGUUACUUAAUUACAUUAGCAAUUAAUGUACCAUUUUCAUCGAUUAUAUGGACAU